UUAUAGUUUAAUUAUUCGAAAAUAUAACAAUAUAAUUCAACAACAUUGUUCGAAAAUGGUUCGUUUAACAAAAGAACAAAAAGAUUUUUAUGCCAAAAAUGGUUUUAUUAAAUUAUCGAAUAUUUACUCAAACGAAGAUAUGGAUCGAUUAAGCAAAGAAUAUGAUGAUUUAUUUACUAGAAAAAAUAUUGAUGAUAUGGAAGCAGCAUGGAAAGGAAACGAUAUGAAGAAACAAGCAAAUUUUAUUAAUUAUUCGGUAAAAUCGCUACAUAAUUUACAAAUGCACUCUUCAAUUUUCACUGAAUUCAUAACCAAUCAAAAUAUGUUAGAAGCUUUGGAAGAUAUUAUGGGAACACCCAAUAUAUUAUUACAUCACACAAAAGCUCACUUAAAACCACCAGAAAAUGGAGCUCCUUACUUAAUGCACCAGGAUUACCAUUACUUCCCUUUCAAAAAUGAUUCUAUGGUAGCGGUAUUCAUACAUUUAGAUGACACAACACCUGAAAAUGGUGGAUUAGCUGUAUAUCCUGGAAGUCAUUUAUUAGGACCACAAGAGGAUGUUGGUGUUAUUGAGAAAGGAGAAUCAUAUCAUUAUUUGGAUCAAAAAAAAUUCCCAUUGGAAAAAGCAACUCCAAUUUCGGCUAAAAAAGGAGAGAUUGUAGUCUUUUCUUAUUUAUUGAUACAUGGAAGUUACUUAAACUUAAGUGAACGCACUAGAAGAAUGUUAUUAGUUCAAUUAAUGUCCGCUGACGACGAACCAUUGAAAGAUGUACAUAAAUCACCAUGUCAAGGUUUAGUAUUACGUGGAAAGAAUGUAACUCGUGAGGGAGCAAUGGCUAAAAGAUUUGUGGCUUAAAUUAUCGAAUAAUAUUUUCCUUAUCAAAUAUCUAUUUUUUUAAUAAAAUUUAAAAAACA